CGAUACUGCAAACUAGGUGUUGCACCAGAGUCGACGUAUCUUCCAUUGUUUGCGACAUGUUCGGGCAUGCCACUUUGUCCUACGUUGUCUGACACAUCGGUUGACGGUCGCUAAAUGUGUGGAUGACGGCACUACAAUAAACAUCAUGGAGUUCUCGCGAACAGAAUACCCUACACUCCUGGCUUCACUCCAGCCGGAACAGGCCAUAACAGUCCUUAACGACCGGGUGUCCCUCAUUUCUAAGAUUAACAAUGACAUCGCCGACUGGCUUCAGGAACGCCGGAGAGUGGAAGAAGCCUAUGUCGCGGGACUGCGCAAGCUUGCCCGCCGGCCACAACAGGAUGCGGCUUCAGCAUUGGGCAUUUUCCAGAUGCCAUGGCAGCGGAUCGUUUCUGGAACAGAGAAUCUAGCCGCCUCUCACGAAACCCUCGCUUCCAAAAUCGAAAGCGACGUCGAGAAUCCCUUGAGAAACUUUGCCUCCCGAAACCGAGAAAUGCAGGCGCUGGUCUCAACCCAAGGCAACCUCAAUGCGAUCGCGAAAGAGCUUGCUAAUGCUCAAAGGAAAGCUGCUAAGGGCGGCAGAAAAGGAGACCAUGCAACAUCUGCCGUCGAGGAGGCAUCGCGCCAGUGGGAGUCGCAGGCCCCGUUUGUCUUUGAGCAACUCCAAGCGCUGGAUGAGACAAGAAUCAACCAUUUGAGGGAUGUGCUCACCCAGUUCCAGACUUAUGAGGUGGAUGCUAUCGAAAAGAACCGACUCAGCGCAGAAUCAUGUCUCAAUGCGCUGCUCGAUCUCGAAACCGCGGUUGAAAUACAGAACUUUGCAGCACAAGCAGCUGAACGGCCUGACAGUGCCAUUAGGAGACACAGCUCAGCAACGGCUAGCAGUGCCAGACCUCCUAGCUCACAUAAUCGUGUUCCUCCAACGCCGCCUCCGCCACGACAUGCAGAUGAUAGACAAAGCCAUCGCUCAAACUCUGCUGCUGGCCAAGAUACACUGGCGCCUUUGCCUGAGACGACGCCACACAAAGAGAAGCACAGACUUGGUGGUCUAAAACGUCUUGGAACAGUCAUGGGCCGAAGAAAGAGCGCCGUGCCGCCCAUUCCCUCGCAGACAUCUAAAGAAGAGAAGCGAAGAACAAGGUCCUUUGCGCCGUUCAGACGGGGAGACUCAUCCCAGAGUUUCCAGGAUUUGGAGGAAACUGGCGAAGAUCUUGCUGCUAGCUCAACGCAGGAUGAUCGACCAGCAUCUUCAAUAUCUCAUGACAGGCAACAUGACCUACCUAUCAGGAGUCAGCCUGAAUCAACGGCUCCAAUAUCGAACGGCGUUGCACCAUCUCAGUCGCCCUUGGAUUCGAAUAUUGAGACCACCCCUAGUCAGCCUGCAUUGCUUGAGACUGCGAGCUCAUCACAGGCCAGAAGUCCGCCGCCUCAACCACCUGCGAAACAGCACGAACCGUCUACACCCAUUGCUGAGCCAACGGCUCCUACACAGCAAGAUCUGUCUCCUUCGAGUCCUAACGGGGACGAGCCAACGCGCAACUUUAUGAUCCGAGACAAGCCUAUACAGGAGGAUGAGAGUGAGGCUCAACGCGCCAUGAACAAUAUGGCCAGUCAAUUAAGAACCCAAGCGCAGCACUCUGGCCUUAAUCGGGUUCAGGGCAGCGUAAGGGGUCGGCGUGAUGUUAGGAACACCAUGUACGUCCCAAGCCAGACCGAUGGUCUUGCAGGUUUGCCUUCGGUCUCAGCUUCACCGUCAGCUCCAGCUAUCUCUAUCCCGGGAAGCCUUAGCACGCCUGAGAAUGUCCUUGCCUCUCCUCUGCAGCGCCCAGCUCAUGCGAGCAUUAUUCAUGAAGAGCAUGGAGUGAACUCGGACACGACAUCGGUUCAUUCCUCCCGAAGUCUGACUGGACCUACCCAACAUGUUGACCUCCAUGAACCGGGCUUGAAUGCCUCCAUUGUGGAAACAGUUCACUCAUGGUUCACCGAAACUGGCAUCAGCAAGUCUUUUGUGCUUGGUGAGGUCGCUUUUGCCUACAACCCUCCAGCCUCAGCUGCUGCCGCUUCCGAGCCUGCGCAAGAAGUCGUGCGAUUACAGCAUUUUGAGCGGUUAGACAAGAUUGCAGCGAAUCCAAUUUUUAUCACACAGGUCAAAUCCACUGGCAACACCUUGGCCGAGGAACAAGCAGGCUCAUACACUGUGACGACGCAUCCUAUCCGCAGACCUACGCCCGUGAUUGGCCUCAAAUACCAGCUUCACAUUGAAGAGAACAAUCUCGCGCGGUACAGCCCCGUGCUACUCACACCAGCAUGGCAGGUAGUCGAGGGCCAAGUCAGCGUUAUUGUCCUGUACAGUCUCAACCCCAUUUUCGAGCAUGCAAGCGACGAGUCCGGUUUUUUGACCCUUAAGAACGUCGUCAUCAGUGUCAACCUGGAUACCUCUGGGGAAGGGACAGGGAAGGCCACGUCGGCCAUGAUGGCACCCACGCAGGGCGCGACAUUCCGCCGGAAAGCCUCGGCCGUAGUAUGGCGGUUGACCGAACUGACCGUCAAACCCGAACAGGAGCGAUUGUUGGUUAGAUUUCUGACACAAGGCGGCAUGCCGAAGAAGGGAGCGAUAGAGUUGAAGUUCGAGAUCCCCGGGCGCACUGCGAGCGGCAUCGGAGUCGAAAAAGCCACAUCCACAACAACAGAGAAAGAAGAAAAAGACACUACCACGGAUCCGUUCGCCGAUGACACGGCCGACAGCAGCGUACGCGAAAGUGCAGAGGAGAAACGAUGGGAAGUCGUGCCGACGAGAUCGAAAUUGGUUAGUGGUCGAUACUCUGCAAGCUGAGACGAAUCGCUACACCCAGAGCGGGACCGUACUGGAUUAGACUGGACUAGACAUUCCAAGCUCGCCAGCCAGCCACGAGAGCAGAUGUAUUGAUUGAGUCGAAACGAUAUGACCAAAGAUGCAGAAGAACUGGAGCUUGUAGCAUAGCAUGUGACCAGAGUGGCCGAACUCGCUUGCUACUGUUUGGUAUGGAUCAAAUCGGACGCCAAAGAGAAGACUUGGAUUUUCCGCCAGGAUGCAUCGUAUUGGAAUUCACCACGAGUUGGUCGGACCCCAUUCCAACCGUCCUACUGAUGGAUUCGAAAACACCUACAAUCAGUCCUCUUCUGGCAGUGCCCUCUCUUGCUCUGCUCCGAUUGACCAUCCCCAUUGACCAGUCAAUGAUGGGGUCUGACCUUGGUUGCUUGUUUGGGACAGUGGCACAACUACAUCUACAGCGUUUCUUAUGUUUCUUUUUUUCUCCAGUGCUUAGAUCCGAAAAGAUCAUUUUCUGUUUCGUGUUUGGAGUUUCGAGGUACAUAGCCUGAUCUUGGGAGUAGAUUGAGAAGAAUGAGGAUGUGGGACGGAACAUAUCAGCUCAUGCAAGUUCGUUCAAGCCACCCGAGCAUAGAAGGAAAUGGGUUGACCCGUUUCCCGGAGGGUGCGGACAAGGGCGAGCUACCAUAAGUACAUUACGAUGAGACUUGAGCUUGAAAUGGAAAUGCACAUACCAGCCAGUACUACAUACCUACAGACUUCGAGAUUCAGAAUCGUCUAUCUGUUCUGGUAGUGAGUGCGAGAUAUCGCAGACAAUGGUCAUGUUGACUUGAAUCUAUCUAUCUAUAUGAAUAUAUAUAUCCCCUAACCGUGCA